AUGCCUAUUCCUAUUCACACAACCCCGCCGCCGUCAAGGACGAGCUACAUCAUUCAGCAGCUCGAGGGAGAGCGUCUCUCUAUACCUGGCAGCAAAGGCACAUUCCGUAUCCUGGCCUCCACUAAACAAACCGAUGGCCAGAUGUCGGUGUUCCAGAGUGGUGCUGUCCUAUCUGAUGCACCUGGGUUCCACUACCAUAAAGAAGCCCACGAUGUGUUUCUGGUAACAAAGGGUUUCAUGAAGCUUUGGAACGGCGACAAGUGCCGUAUAAUGGGUCCUGGCGACUUUGCCUAUGUGCCUCCAAACAUUAUUCACAACCCCGAAUUGAUGGGACCCCAUACGGAAACACUAGGUCUAGUCGUGCCAGGUGACUGGAUCGAUUUUUUCCGCUACAUCGGGGAACCAUUCGAGGGUAAUAUCGUGCCAGAGCAUGACAAUCGCGAUCUGAAAUCGCAUGUGAUACCCAAAGUCAUGUCAGCUCCUAAAGACUUUGAUGUUCAUUUCGUUCGAGACUAUCAGCCUCCAGCCGUAGGAGAAUGGGAGGAAACCGAAAACGUCCUCCCUGGCGAUUUGAAGCCAUACUUCCUUCGAGCCAACACUGGACCUCGCUGGGUGGCUGGUGGUGUCAUGUCUCGCCCAUUUAUCACUACAAAAGAGAGCGGAGGGAAGUUCGCUAUUUCAAGUAUUGAAUCAUCUGGUUCAUACAAGUCGUCUGUGUUUUCGGAUUACUUGGCCUUUCCUAAUGUCGAUCACUGUUUGUGUAUCCUGGAAGGCGCUCUUCGUGUUAUUCUCAAAGGCGAUGAGGAGUGGGUGACUCUUCACGAAGGCGAGACAGUCAUGAUUGCCGCAGGCCAGUCUUUUAAGCUUGAGUUUGGCUCGAGAUAUGUUCGGUUUUGGUCUUUUACGGAUGGACCGGGUAUUGAGGAGUUGAUCCAACAGGCUGGUGAAUCUUAUCAGAGCUUUGUGCUUCCCGAUGAAGCUACUGCUCUGGAUCAGUCCAAGCUUGAUGAUAUAGUUCAGAAGCUGGGCGCUAAGCGAGGAUGA